CCCACCCACUUGUCCACGCAGUGAAAAACAAAAACAUUUAAACUACACUAUUCGUUAUCUGCAAUUAAAACUAGUUCUGUUUUGUGACUACCUAUAACUCUUUAGAAUGCUAGACAGUUCAGAAGGUCCCUUUGACUUGUCCACCAAGAACGCCAUCUUAAUCGAUCUCGAUGGUUGUAAAUUGAUUCCCGAUCGUCCAAAGCUUUUAAAAUACGAAAUAAUUGUGCCGAUGCACACAAACAGCGUACCCACAACAUCAUGGGUUGAUAAGUUUGGAGAAAAUUCAAGAAACUUGUGCUUUUAUUCUACAACCAUUCGGAACGUUCUGGAAAUACAAGUCUACUACCCUUGCGUUUAUAAUCACAUUCCCAAAAUGUACAACGUCUUCGUAAACCAACAGCUUAGGGCAGUUUUGUACAUUAAAAACAUUGAGCAGUUUAACGUUAAUUUUAAGUCUAUGGAAUAAAUUAACAACUUUGCGUUUUAAAAUAAUAUUUAUAUUUAAAUUGCUCUGUGUAAUGGAGGUAAAGUGGAAGUUCAUUAUUGGAUGUACUUGCGAAAU